CCCAGACGCACCAGUCGACGCGCGACCGUAUCGAUUAGGCUUUUGAUCUGCUCCUUUUUCGCCUGUUUGUCGGCGUAAAAGCGUAUAUACUUAUACACUGUGCGUGCGCGUGUGCGUGUGGGUGUGUGUGUGUGUGUGUGUGUGUGCGUGCGUUUUAUUUCCGUUUGGUGCGUGUGUAAAGCGCGCGCGUGUGUGUGUGUGUGUGUUCGUGCGCGCACUCGCGUAUUUGUAUAUUUCCGGGACUUCAGAUCGUCUCUCGUCGAACGUCCGCCGCCGACGACAAACGCCUAAACGACGACGCUCCGACCGUAAUAAAAUUAUUUAUUUUAUCGUUUAGACCGGAUCGAAGUUCGAGCGGCCAACCCGACGGCGAGCGAAACGCGACUGUGCAGCAAUAGUCGCGGUCGUCGAGUACACAACAACGCGCCGAGGUGAGGGUAACAUUAUAGUAUUAUAAUACAAUUUUACACGUAUUUAUUAUCGCCCUCGCGCAACGCAAUAAUAAUAAUAAUAUUAUUAUCGGAUCGCGCGCCGCGAUAGCCGAAAAUGGCCGGUCAGGACGGUAAAUGGCAAAAGGAAAACUCCGACCAGAACUUCGACUACAUGUUCAAGUUGCUGAUCAUCGGCAACAGCAGCGUGGGCAAAACGUCGUUCCUGUUCCGGUACGCCGACGACAGUUUCACGUCGGCGUUCGUGUCCACGGUCGGCAUCGACUUCAAAGUGAAAACCGUAUUCAGACACGACAAACGUGUCAAACUUCAGAUAUGGGUGAGUACGACCAAUGACAUAGAUUAUAUUUUACACGUGCGGGAGGGGAAAGCACCUGUGUUGCAAACGGCUCGCGGAAAUUAUUGUGCGGCCGUGAUAAUAUUGUGUAAACUCGUGUGUUACCGUCCGCCCCUUUUUCCGCAGGACACGGCCGGCCAGGAACGUUACCGAACCAUCACGACGGCGUAUUACAGGGGAGCCAUGGGAUUCAUACUCAUGUACGACAUUACCAACGAGGAGUCUUUCAACAGCGUGCAGGACUGGUGAGUUCGGGCUAUUGAAACACCGCGUUGAAAUACGUGACCCGGUGCGGCCCGCCCGGCGGUCGCAUCCGACGAUUGUAAUAUUGCAGGGAACCCCCCUCGAAACGGUCGUCGUUACGUAUUUCGAUACCGGCGACGACGAUAACAUUAUUUUGCUGCCGGUGUAUUAUUGUCUGGUAAUCGCAUCGGCCAUUGCAGGGUGACGCAGAUCAAGACGUACUCGUGGGACAACGCGCAGGUGAUACUGGUGGGCAACAAGUGCGACAUGGAACACGAACGCGUGAUAUCGUACGAGCGGGGCAAAUCGCUGGCCGACGAGCUGAGCAUUGAAUUUUUCGAAACGUCCGCCAAAGACAACCACAACGUCAAGGUGGGUUUCCGGUCGAUGCGCGUACUGUGCGGCUAUUAGAUUUCAAUCGUAAAUAUUCUCGAUUGGUUUCCCGUAAAAACCUGAUCGUAAAAAAAAAAAAAAAGCGAAAAAACGACGUCGUCUUUUCAAUAUUAAAAACGAUAUUCGCACUUUUACAACGUACCUAGGCGGCAUAUUACGGUAUAUCUCUUGAACCCUCCCUCCCCCCCCUACCGUCUCGGGAAAGCGGGGUUUUCAUCCGUUUUCGCGACUCCGGGGCCGCCGGUUUUAUCGCCCACCGCGCGAUCAGCUGACGUCGGGAAAUGAUAAAUUAAUUUACGAUCUUGCUAGUUGCGACGACGCGUGAUGUCGGUAUCGCAGUGUGAUACGACAUAAUAUAAGGGAACGCGUAACUCUGUGUACAGGGUGCGAUUAUUUUCUCGCGGACCUUCGCGGAUUCUCGUGUACACGCCAAUAGAUUUUGAGCAGAUUUGAUCCGAGAAUUUUUAUUUUUCAAUCUGUACACGGAAUCGUUUAUCACGGAAGCGUAUGCAUAGAAGAGCAAACGCAAAAAUUAUUUUUACUCUUUUUAGUGAACGUUAUACAGCCCGGGUUUUUAUGCGAAAACGUAUUUUUAUCGAAUGUAUGCUGUUUGCCGGGAGUGAGAAAUAAAAAAAAAAAAAAAUUCCUUUCCCAUAUUAGUGCAUAUAAGUAUUUUUACCUUAGAGAAUAUUUCAGAAUAUUUUGACAUACUUCUGAUAAAUUGGAUUAUAUUGGAAAAUAAUUUCGAGUUUAAAGUUUAGUUUUAAUUUUUAGUCAUCGUUACUCGUUUACUAAUAUGAUCACUAGGGUUCGGGACUUGUUUCACUAAAAAUUAUUAGAAUAUGCAGUCAAAAUCGUCAAAAUAUGCAGGCAAUUUUCCACUUUGCCUUUUUACGCCAAUUAUUAUAAUAAUUAUAGAAAUAAAAAUCUCAAAAAUAGAUAAGUAGAUAGAAAAUAAAAAUCGUCGAUAACAAAAAUGAUUACUAAUAGAUAAAAACAAAGAGAUAUAUACCUACGACCUACCUGCCCAAUGUAAUUUAUUAAACGUACAUUUUUUAAUGUUAUCCAAAUACGAUUUACCCGACAAUUUUAGUUAUAUAAAAAUUAAAAAACAUGCGAAAUAUGGUAAAAAUUGUACAAAUAUACACUUUUCCUAAAAUAUGCGGAAAUAUGCAAAUUCAAACUUUGUAUUUAAUUUCGGUAUUUCAUAAAACAAAUUUAUAGCUUACCUAGGAUAAUCUACGACCGCUAAAAAAAAACAUGCAAAUGCAAGAAAUCCCGAACCUUUAUGAUCACUGACCAUAUUGUACAAACAAUAUUUUCAAAGUGCGUGUUAUGUUAAUGUUACAAUGAAUAAUUCAUAAUUACACGUAAUUAUUAUGUGUAUGAUGCGAUUAACAGAAUUUGUAAGGGUGAAAUUCACCAAAUAUAAUGUAUAUGUAUUUUCCUAGUUUUUCCUGAUUGUUUCCAUUUAUUAUGAAAACUUUUGGCAAAAUUAAAAAUUUUCCUUUCAGAAAAAGUGAUAAACUUGAAAAUCAGAGCAAAACUUCUGGUAGAAAAGUUUUUCACGGAUGAAAACAAAUAAACAUCAUUGUAAAAAAAAUAUAUUUCUCGGUCCGCUUAGAAUCUAAAAACAAAAUAUUUUUAUGUAUAAUCGUAGAUCAAUGAUAAAAUAACCACUCUGUAUACGACGCUAUACGUACAUUUGUACAAUGUAUAUAUACGAAACAAUGUAUUUUUGAUUAUUUCUUUUAAGUCGGUCUUGAUAAAUGAGUUCGUACGUAUUCCUCGCAUGAGGGUUUUUAAACAGUAAUUUAACGAUGAGACGACGACGUGUUCCUGUCAGUGUGUGUGUGUGUGUUUCUUUGACGUGGGUUCUCUUUUUUUCAUCGAUAAAAUGUAGUUUUUUUUUUUUUUUUUUUUUGUGAUAAAUUAAUUUUAAAACAAAAUCGCAUCCACACUGCAGCAAAGAAUAAUCCAAAGCAAUCGAAACGCUGAUAUAAUAAAAAUUGUUGAUUUAAUUUACCACAAAUUCACAUCCGCGCCGUUUCUGUCGUUAAAAUAUCAAAAUCUAAAUUCUGAUUCGCCAGUGUUUCACAACCAUCUGUUUUGCUGUUCGAAAAAUGAUUUAUAACUUUUUUUUUUUUGGUUUUACUGAUCAUGUACAAUAAUAAGUAAAAAUACCUAGUAAAUAUAAUGUAACAUAAUAUAAAUAGGUAUUUCUGGUGUUAUUAUGGUGUGAUUGUUGAAAUAAUAAUUGAUUUUUUAUUUGAUAAAUUAUUCUUCCAUAUCUGGUUUCGUUUUAAAAAAAUAUCACUCCUCUCGAGGGUGCACAUCCCUCCUCGGGUUGUGAAACACUGUAAUUAACAGUGGAAAUCAACCAGUGAGACGGUGACCCAUAUAAAUUUGAAAUAGGGAAACAAUUUUGCAACGUCGCAGCGGGUGUGUCACGAUCGCGGAGAUAAUAAUGUAAAUCCGACCACGUGCCGAAAUUGCGCUCUUGAGGAAUUUUAUAUUUUUUGUUUUAUAAAUUUGACAACGGUAUUUCGAUUUUUUUUUUUUUUUUCUGUUAUAUUCCAACGAAUACUACGAUAAAAUUUGAAUAAUUCAAUUUUAAAACACUUAAAGCAGAAUAUUACAGUACAGAACGCUCUUAUAGUUUUACUAUAGAAACGUUUUACGCAAAUUAAACGACUUUACGUGAGUCGGUUGCGUAAACAAUACUAUUACAUCGUACAAAACGGGCGAAAUUUUAUUAACGUUGUACAACACAAUAAGCAAAAUAGAUUUUCGGAUCAAAACUUCUUUAACAACAAUAAUAAUUACAUAGUUGCCGCAGCAUUUUUAAUUGCUGUUUUUUCACAAAGAUAUAUAUGAUCGACUGGUCAAACGGUUUUAAUUGAAAAUGCUCUCCCUCGGAGGGUUUACAGACAUUUUGUAUUUUAUUACAUUACAUUUCCAAGCAAAAGGCUAGUGAAAACCGUUAUACUUAUCACGGCGAUCACUACUUUUUUUUUCUUUUUUUCCCCCCUUAAUCAUACACUUUUUUCUACCUAACCGGACGGUCGGUUUACUAUAUAGGGUUCUAAAAAAUCGGUUAAUGUCUGUCCACCUUAAACUUAUCUCCGGAAAUACAAUAUGAAUAAUCAUUAACCCUCAACAAAUUCUCGUUUAAUUUCCAUUAGAAUGACCUACAUUUUAUAUUCCAACGUUUUACGUAUUUUACUUAGCAAAUCGGAAAAUCUUGAACCUUUCGGCGCGUGAAGGUCAAAUUAAAUAUCGCAAAUCGCUAUCAUAAAAUUGACCUCGUGCCUACGAAGAUACGACUUUCGCGCAAAAUUUCAAGUUUCUGUGUCCAAAGAUCGCACAAACACUUCUAUAUAUCUACAUAGACAAUGCGGUAACUAGACAUUUAAGCGCUCAAGUACUGUAAGUAAAAUUCGUGGUACCCCUAAGGACUUUUCAUUACGUUACGUUAUCACAAUCAAUCACUAUAAAUAUGUCUUUGACAAUUAAAAUGAUUAGCUAUAAAAUAAAAAUAAUCGACCGAGAAAACGGACGCAUUUCAAUGGGGAAAAAAUGUAAAUACAUAAUAUGUUAUGUUGAACACGAUCAGUGGCGUAGAGCAUUUUUUAUUUUAUAAACGGUCUAUGAUUUGUCAAUAUGCUUACCACCACCGCUCUUAUGAACAAAUCAGUAAUAAAUUGUUAUUCGUUUUUUACUUCAAAUUCACUGUUCUAUAAUUAUCUACUGCAGCGUCAUACCUUCGACCGCCCACGAUUCACAACGAUUCACAUAACCCGCCCAUCAAUAUUUUGGUUGAGGCGCAUUAAUCGCAACUACAUCACUGCAAGACACGAUUAUAUUUUUCGUUUACCUAUAGUAAUAUGGUAUAUAUUUGUAAUUCCACAGGCCGUUUUUGAACGACUCGUGGAUAUUAUAUGCGACAAGAUGUCCGAGAGCUUGGACUCGGACCCGACACUGGUGGCCGGCGCCAAAGGGACCAGACUCACCGAGCAGCCUCAGGGUCCGAACAAUCAGAAUUGCAACUGUUAAACGACAAAUGUCUGCGUUUCACCGUCCGCAGAAACUAUUCAAACAACGAAAACCCGUUAAAGCAUUACACACACAUAUGUACACACACACAAACACACCAAAAAAAUUAACACAAAACAAUUUCCAAAAAAUAAUUUUAAAAAUGCAAUAAUCGUCGACAACAGGUCAUUUUAAACAUAUUAUUAUUAUUAUUAUUAUUAUUAUUAUUAUAACUAUAGGCAGGCCGCGAAGAACGAGUUCUUAAAUGUAUUAUUAUAUUUAGAGCUAUUUACCUCCCGUUUUUACAAAUAACAAAUUAUGUAGAGUGGUGUUUGUUAUUUUAUUUUUUUUUCUCUGAACGCGAAAAAUGGCUAUACAAUCAUACGUAAUAUAUAAUAUAUACAUCGUGGAUUGGUUCCCGUAUAAUCUAAAAAAUAAUAUUAUUUUAUUAAAAAAAAAAAAAAAAAACUACACUCAUCGAAUAUUCUAUACCCCGGACAAUAAAAACGAUUUGUUUUAUUCUUCUUCGUUUUUCUUGUCGAGUUAUUUAUUGAUUGUAGCGCACUAUAUACUACAUAUAUAUAUAUAUAUAUAUAUAUAUAAUUUACGAUAAGUUUUUAUUCAUGUAAGUAAUAUCUAGUUCCGUGCGAUGUAAACGUAAAUUAUAUAUUGUGUAUCGGCGAAUCUCGCGAGAUCCGUGCGCAUAUUGAAAUUUGUUUUGAAAAAAAAAAAAAAGUAAAGUAAAGUUUAAAAAAAACAAUAGUGAAUUCUGCGACAGAUAUUGCGAGUUGGACGAAAAAAAAUAACCCCCCCCUCCCGUAACAUUAUCAAUGACUUUUGAUCGCGUGCUUCGCGAACGAACCACUCGAUGUACGAGCAGGUACUUAAAAAUCAAAAUCGAGUUGACGUAGUUUUUUUUAAAUUCGGAGCGUAUUAUUAUUAUUUUUUUUUUUUUUUGUCGUUGUCGUCGCGAUGUUCGCCUCCUCAUAAUAAUAAUAUAGAUUGCUCUGUCGAUAUAAAAAUAAUAAUAAUAAUUUAUAUAAUAUAACGUUUAGUAUACGUCCGUUUUUUUUUCUUUUCCGUGUUUUUUUUUUUUUUUUCAGGGCGUUUUACCGAUAUGACCGAUUCUGCCUAUAAUGCAUUUGUAUUGCGUAUUUAUCAUUUCCGAUUAUACAUUACUAUAUCACCAGUGCCGUGCCUCUGGGCUUUCCGACGGUUAUGUGGCGAAUAAAAAUCACGAAUGAAUCGUUUACAUUCGUGUUCUCUAAAAUACUUGACUCGACUACGGAAAUUUAUACAAGCCCGAUCCAAAAGAUCCGAUUUUUAAUCAAUAAUAAAUCAAACUAUUCCUUUCAACUUGUUGGCUGAAAUAUUAUCAACACUCGUAGUUGUUGUAUUCUUAAGUCAAUUGAAUAAGGGGAGGGAGGUGUUACCCAUAACCUCCCCUUCUUGCGUACGCCACCAAUUAUCGCGUAGAGUGCUGGUAUCGCGUCCGAAUUACACUCUAAAACCACAUCACAUACACAAAAGAAAUCCGGAUGUUCGAAUUGUCGCAUUUACCUUUACCUUAAAACGAGGUCUGCCCGAAUUGCAUCGACUAAAAACUUUACGACAUUUACAGUAUUCUCGCUUAUUUAUGCUACAGAUUUGUACACGGGGCUGACAGUGAAUAAUGACGUACCUAUAAUUAUCGUGUUAUUCUACACACACCUAUACUGCCACUAUUGCGCGGUUGGGGUUGGGUUUUUAAAAAAAAUAUGUUACAUUUUUGACUAUAUAGUACCAGUUAAACGCGUUAUAUAACGAAAAAAAAAACGCAUUUUAGAGAGGAACAUUUUCUAUUGAACGAUAUAGUUUGACAAUAUUUCAUAUACCUAUUAUAGUCAGCAAACGCGGUUUUUUUUUUUCUUUAACAAUGGCGUUUAAUUCGAACAUUUUUUUUUUUACCUAUAUUAUGCGUGUUUGCGUUCGCCCGAAUUUUAUACGCGUACCUCUACCUAUAUAUUUUAUUAUAAUACUCUGUCGCAGACCAUUCCUGUUCCGCGCUCUACUCGGCGUGUAUAAUAGGUACAUGUUAUAAUUAUAUUUAGUGUGUUCGACUACUUAUAUUAUACUUGUUGUACUACUACUUCUACUAUAAUAUAAUAUUAUCUAAUAAUAAUUAAUAUAAAAUAAUCGUAAAUACCUACAAUAAUUAUAAUAUUGUAAAGAAAUAUUAUAACGAAUAGGUAUUUUUAAUAUAUAUAUAUAUCAAUAUAAUACCGCGUACUUACGUGUAAAAAACAAAAAAAAAUAAAAAAAUAAAAAAAAAUAAUAAUUUUCUAGUCUAACGAUAACGUUAUAUUGUGUUGAACAAUACGCGCGCACUAUAUAUUAUAAUAUUAUGAUUACAAUAAAUAGUCUGUACGUGUGUCUCGUCAAGUUUAGUAAUAUUAUUACGAUGAUUAGUAUUUUUAAUAUAAAAUAAUAAAUAUAAUAUAUUAUUACGUUUAGUUAGUACUUAUAGGGUUAUAAUAAUUAUUAUUAUUAUCGAUGUUCGUUUGGUCUUGAUGUUUUUUUUUUUUUUUUUUUUUUUUUGUUGAAAUACGAUAGAAUAAUUUAACCGUAAAGAAAAAAAAAAAUUUAAUGAUAUUUAAAACUACCUAUAUUAUAAAUUGGCCAGGACCAUUUUCCUUCAAAAAUGAGCGAUCGUUUUCUUUCACUGUCUGUGUUAUUUUUUACGAGAAAAAAAAAGUACUAUCCAUUUUCCUCCUACAAAUUUCUUUAGACUAAAAUCAUCAGAAAAAAUUGUAUCCAUGUAAAGUCUCAACGUCUGUAAUACAAUAUAUUAUAGUAACUACUAAGGUUUAUUACAGCUGUAUUGCAGCUAUCGGUGACGUAUAGAGAAAUCAAUACAAAUGUAGUUCUGAAGAAAAGUGUUUAGCUAUUAUACCUUUGUUACCCUUUUGUUUCGAAGAAAAUGGACACGGUGGAAUUCAACAGUGUCUCAUUUUUGUAGGAAAAUGGUGACGGCCAUAUUAGUAUCAAUUAUGUCAUUUCGCAUUACACGCUCUACCUAUAAGGCUAUACAACAACGUUGACGUGUAUAUAUAUAUAAUAUUAUUAUUAUACAUACGUAUUUGUUUAUAUAUUAUUUUUAAUUCUUUUUGAUUAUGUGCGAUUAAUUACGUAAUAUUAUUCUUAUCAUUAUUAUCAUUACAAAUUAAUUAUUAAUAUCAUAGGUCAUUAUUAUUAUUAUUAAUAUUAUUUCAUGUAUAGAUAAAAAUUAUUGAAAAUAAAAACUAUCAAACUGAAAUCGUAUUUCACA